AUGAGAACGCAUUCAAAGGUUCAAGGGGCAUCUUUUUCCCGGUUCGGAGUAAACAGCAAUUUCCCAGUCAACGUCAUUCUCAUGCAGCCGACAACAAGCCACGAAACAUUUAUAGAUAGAUCCGAUUACGUUGACUUCGAAUCCACGAGCAAGCUCCGAAACUGGCCAAUAUGUGUUGGCGAUAAACAGUAUUACGUAGACUCGUCGAUCUUCUCAAGAAAUUCUGAUUACUUCCGCAUACUGAUGGGAAACUCGUUUUUUAUCGAAGGCGCCGUCAGGCAGUUAAAAAUCCUAGACGAGUCCUCGAAAGACAUUCUAACAUUGAUAACUGCAAUCUCUCCGAAUUCACUUGGUCUCUACCCGGAUGCGAUAGAUGAACGAAAUGUCUGUACUUUGCUGAGACUAUGUGACAAAUACUUGAUGACCAAUCUGAAACACAAUUGCAUUGACUUUUUAAGAGAGUACAGGCCGAAUACUCAAGAGCCAUCCGAAGUGUUUCACUUAUUCUAUCAAUUAUGCUUUUCGCUAAACGCCGAAUAUGAGCACGACCCUACGCUGGCAGAUGCUGCAGUUGAAGCAGUAGGGGAUACUGAGAAUAAACUUUCAAAAAAUUUGUCAUGCUUCCAGAUGUUCAGUUGUCUCGCAGUGCUGUCUGAUCCCAUUAACAUUGCUGAGUUUCAUAAGUUUCUGCUGAAGUUACAACGGAAAAGCAACGAUAAGGACAGCGAAAAUGUGAAACGUGUUGCUGAUUCUAUUCUUCAUGGAGGUGCAAUUUUCCGACAUAGAAUUUCGUUCAAUGAAGAAGUGCAAGGUCUUGGAUGUCAUCAAUGCUCAAUGAGACCUCCUGUACGACAGUCUCGUUCUAAAAACAAUCUUGCAAUCGUGAAGUCUGCGUGCAAUGUCGGCGAAGUUUGUGCUCACGGCUAUUCGAAGAAUGGAUCAAUGAAUUGCGAUCAUAAUCUUCCAACUAACUCAGUAGUUCCUGUAAUUGGUGGAUCGAAGACUACUCGCGGCGGUCCGACACGACGACGGCGACCAGCACAAGAUCAGCGUGGUCCUCCUCUUCAACAACAUCAUCCACCUCGUCGUGACACGUCAGAAGCGAAUCAGUCAGCCUGUGUGACAGUCUUCUCUUUUCAAGCCUUUAUUCUACGGGUAUUUCAAAGUUCUUUGGCUCUGUUUCUCAGGACAUUUGGUCUUCUUUUUGCAAGAUAUCUAACAUUUAUUUUACCAACUGAAGCUAUAAAUAUGUCAAUAAAUGGAUUCGGUGAGCACGUAAGAUCAGCCUCACAUGCCGGAUCGUGGUACAGCGGAAAUCAGCGUGAUCUCGAUCGUCAACUCACAAAAUGGCUCGAUAGCGCCGGUGAAAGAUUCGGAACUGCCCGUGCAUUGAUUUCUCCACAUGCUGGAUAUUCUUAUUGUGGAGAAACAGCUGCUCACGCAUUCAAGCAAAUCGUGCCUUCUGCAGUCGAACGUGUAUUCAUACUUGGACCUUCCCACGUUGUAGCUUUAAAUGGGUGUGCUAUCACCACCUGCAGCAAGUAUCGUACCCCUCUUGGAGAUUUGAUUGUUGAUCAAAAAGUCACCGAAGAUCUUCGUGCGACGCGUCACUUCGACCUCAUGGAUCGCCGUGAUGAGGAAUCAGAGCACAGUAUUGAAAUGCAACUCCCAUUCAUCGCCAAAGUCAUGGGUCCCACGCGUCGCUAUACCAUCGUUCCAGUACUUGUCGGAUCUCUACCUGGUUCCAGACAACAAACUUAUGGAAAUAUAUUUGCCCAUUAUAUGGAAGACCCGAAGAAUCUUUUCGUCAUUUCAUCAGACUUCUGUCACUGGGGAGAUCGUUUCAGCUUCUCGCCGUUUGAUCGAAAUAGCAACUUGCCAAUUUUUGAACAGAUUACAAAUAUGGACAAACAAGGAAUGGCUGCUAUAGAAACAUUGAAUCCAACGGUUUUUAAUGACUACCUCAAAAAGACUCAAAAUACAAUUUGCGGUCGGAAUCCCAUAUUGAUUAUGCUGCAGGCAGCGGAACAUUUUCGAUUGAGUAACAACCAUACUCAUGAGUUCAAGUUCUUGCAUUAUACACAAUCCAACAAGGUGCGUUCUCCAUCCGACUCAUCAGUCUCCUACGCAUCCGGAGUGUUGUUUGUACAUCCUAAGUGA